AUGUGGAUGGUCUGCGUCAGUGUAUCGCUACUCAGCACACGACACUUGCUCGUAGAGCGCAACAUGCACUAUCCGCAGCGCCUCUACUUCAACCAGCUAGCCUUCACGAGCUUCCUGGCCCUGCGGCCGUUUUUUGGGUGGGGAAUUAUCCAACGGCCAUUUCGUCGAAAGCUGCGGCCAUGGAGAUCGAGGAACAGAGGAACGACGCUCAUUACUGCCUCCGUGUGCUUCACGUAUCUGUCCACCAUGUGUCUGUUGCAGGCAGUCUUACAUUUUUAUAAUCUCCCCGUCUUGGUCAUGAUUACACCUAUAGCCAUAUUUGCUGAAGACGUGGUGCGCCGUGCUCUCCGCUCGGUUUCUGUCACGUACGCAGACAUGCUUCCCACGUGUGUACUAUUGCUAGCGAGCGUUGGUCUUUUGUUGACAGAAUAUCGAAUCACUGUGCCCGGUCUGGUAAUGGGCAUCUUGGCCAUGGUGUUUGCGGGAGCGGCACGGAGCCUCUGGAAGACUGCCAUUAUGCAUCAACCAGACGUCCUUGCCAACAAUGUGAAUCAGGCGAGCUUGCAUGUCAUCGCAGGAGCGCUAGUAGGCGCACUGUCGGCAAUAAUCUUUGGUCUGAACGGCCACAUUUUCGCCUUUGGAGCCGGAAACGGGCUGCUCCUCAGCAUCAACGCCGUGUCUACCGCCAUGGCGAUGAAGCUGGGAAAAUCAAUGGUGCUGCCUGUCGACGACGAAGUAGCCAGCACGUCUCUCCAUACUAUUGAUGCCCCAGUAUAUCACAUCUUUGACGCUUUGACUCUUGCUAUUUUCGCUGGCAUUGCAGGAUGCUACUCGACGCUGUUGACCCGCCGCUCGUACACGAACAUAUACCAGUUUUGCUGCUUUUGGCUUGCCAUAACAUGCAUUGGCAGCUGGGCGUGGUCUCGUGUGAUCCCUGCUCGACUGCCCAAUACACGGUUCGCCUACAACACAUAUGGACGUAUGAGAUCGUCUUCAAUGAGUUUAAGCCUACCCACCAAGCCGCUCCCAAGAUAUCUUCUCGGCAUCAGCAUCGCCUCUCUUUGGAUAGCAUAUGGUAUGCUAAAUUUCACAGAACGACCCGAGCCACGCAUGCCCGUCGCUCUCGAUCGAAACUACGUCCCCCAAAUGCCCAUGGAAAUAGUAAUAAGCAUGUACAAAGAACCCCUCGACGGCAUCGCCACUCUCCUCCGCAACCUUAAACACAUUCCCGCCCUCUCCGACGCCCAAAUAACAAUCUACCUCAAAGACAGCAAUGCAUCCCCUUCGCACAUCCAAUCUCAACUCGGCGCAAACCAGGUCAUACCCUUACCCAACAUCGGCCGCGAAGGCGAAACCUACCUCAACCACAUUCUCCGCCGGUGGGACACACUGGCGCAACAAACCCUCUUCCUGCAAGCCGAAAUCCACAACCCGCGCGAAUUUUAUACGAGGAUUAACAACUACUUUCUCCGCUCCCGCACCGGCUUCCUAGACCUCGCAUGGGUCGGCACGCUCUGCAACUGCCACUCGUGCUCCGACCGCCUCUUCUGGUCCGACUCGAUCCAAUACAUCCCACAAACCUACGCUAAGAUCUAUGGCGCCAACGCUGUAUGUAACCACGUGCUGCUCAGCUACAAAGGCCAAUUCGCCGUUUCCGCCGCUAGAAUCCGUGGUGUAGAUAAGGGGCUGUACGAGGAUAUGUGGCGUGCGCUCGUGGACGAGACGAGCUGGGCGCAUUCAGACAAGUUUCUAAAAGGCAGGCCGGAUGAGAUGAGCGCCCCGGACUUUGGGUAUACGGUUGAGCGCGUGUGGAGUUUGGUGUUUCAGUGUUCGGGUAGGGAUGUGGCGUGGAGAUGUGCGAGUAUGGUUAGUAGGUGGAGGGUUGGAGGCGGGGUGGGGGAUUGUCAGUGUUUUGAUGAGUAG